AAGCACAAGACUCACUCUCACCACACAAUAGGACAGAGACAUAAUCUUUGGCUUCAAAACAUUCAAAUCUUACAAGAUUUAAUUUCAGUUAUAUGUUAAAGAAACUUAAAGACUUCUAGUCAACUGAUGAUGGAUCUGAAGUUAUGGCUCUCAAUUCUGAUGGUUUGUGAGAUGGCUGAAUCUAUAGGCUCGGGCGAGAACUGGCUCAUAUCUGUACCAUCAAGAAUCUCUGUUCUUGAAAGCUCAUGUGUGGUAAUUCCCUGUGAGUACGAUUACCCCAUGAAAGGUAACCUGUGGAAAAAGUGGCGGGGAUACUGGACAAGAAAUGACGAGACUGUCGCAUCAAAUGACCCCAAAUUCAAACUAACGCAGGAGUUCAAUGGGCGAUCCAGAAUUACAGGAACCAUUGAAAGUAACAUCUGCACCUGGCAGCUGGAUGACGUCAGAGAAACCGACACUGGUCCGUUUUACUUGACUAUUGAAAUUCCAAGACAUUCAAAGUUCACCUUUUCAAGAGAUACGGUGACCCUUGAUGUCUUCCGAGUUCCUGAGCCUCCAGUGAUGACUGUUUCAGUAAGUAAUCAUGUAUCUGCCACCUGCAAAGUUAUUCAUGCCUGUCCAUCAUCUCCUCCCAAAUUCUCCUGGAGUCACCCCGGAAUGACCAAAACGAGUUCCAAAAAUCUGAAAAAAGGGUUGUGGUCAACAAUGUCGACCCUCACCUUCACCCCUGAAGAAGCCGACUUCAACAAGCCUUUAAACUGCAAGGUGAAUUUCAAUGACAAGAAGACUACAGAGGGCUCUAUGCUUCUCGUCAAGAAGAGUACCUAGUUAAACUAAGCAUGAAAUACUAAAUUAAAGCAAUAUUUUUAGAGCUAUCUGCCAUAAUGACAAAGUGAUUUUGCAGAAAACGCUUUGAUUUAGUAAAACUUU